AUGUUACGCGGAAAGCAUGUCGGUCUUCUUCAACUCGUUCUAGUCGUUGCGCCCGCUUUUAUUCUCUUCGGCUACAACCAAAGCAAUGUCGGCGGCCUGCUCUCAGUUCACGACUGGGCACAAACCUUCCCCGAGAUCGAUACGCUUAUGACCAAAGGCGCACAGAAGAAACAUAACAGCACGAUCCAAGGUGUCGUUGUAGCUUCAUUCGUCCUAGGAGCCUUGGUCGGCGCUCUUAGUUGCUCGUGGAUCGGCGACAAGCUUGGAAGACGGAGGACUAUCUUCUUGGGAGCUACGUUGACUCUGCUGGGCGAGGUCCUGGAGUGCAGCUCGUUCCAGCUGGCACAACUCGUCGUCGGUCGGACGAUUUUGGGCUGUGGAGUCGGGGCUCUCAGUGCCGUCGUGCCUGUCUGGCAGUCGGAGACAUCCUCUUCGUCAAAGAGAGGACAGCAUGUCGUCCUCGACGGCCUCUUCAUCUGCAUAGGCUAUGUCUUGCAGGCGUGGAUCAACCUAGGAUUCUACCAGAUCAAGCAUGGACCACUUUCAUGGCGUCUACCUCUGGCGCUGCCGUCCAUCGUGUCGAUCCUGCUUAUGGGCUCCAUCUGGCUGUUCCCAGAAUCACCUCGCUGGCUCGCUGCCAAGGGCCGGACACAAGAAGCUCGACGCAAUUUAGCCAUCUCACGGAACGCCGUCGAAGACGACCCACAAGUUGUCUCUGAGAUGCACGCUAUCGAGCACUCGCUCGAGCUGAAUAGCAAACACGCCUCCCGUCUUCGAGACAUCUUCACCAGCCGCGAGGACAAGCUCUUCUAUCGCUUCAUGCUCUGCAUAGUGCUUCAGUUCUUCCAGCAGAUGACUGGUGGGAAUCUCAUCUCAGUAUACAGCACCGUCAUCUUUCAGCAAGGUCUCCAGCUCGAUAGCCAGACAUCUCGAAUCCUAUCUGGGGGCACCUUGACAUGGAAGUUCGUCUCGUCGUUUGUGGCUUUCUUCACGGUCGAGCGAUUCGGUCGGAGGAAACUUUUCAUGUUCAGUGGCGGCGGCAUGGCACUCUGCAUGAUGGCUUUGGCUACUGCGACAAGUUUCCCCAAGACAAAUCAAUCGGCGCAGAUUGCUUCGGUAUUCUUCGUGUACUUGUUCAACUUCUUCAUCCCGAUUGGUUUCCUAGGCGCCAACUUCCUCUACUGCACAGAAGUCGCUCCUACGCAUCUCCGAGUUAAGAUGGCUUCCAUAUCCACCGCAAACCAUUGGCUUUGGAACUUCGUCGUCACAAUGAUAACCCCUGUCGCGAUUGAGAGCAUUGGCUAUCAAUACUACAUCGUUUUCACCUGUAUCGGCAUCUGUGUCCCGCUGUCAGUUUACUGGUUCUACCCAGAGACGCAGGGCAGAACGCUUGAGGAGAUGGAUGUGUUGUUUCGAGACCAGGGGAGCAUGAGGGCAGUUGUGAGGGCUUCAUGCCCGUUCUCACGGUCUGUGGUAUCAAGAGAUCGAGGAUCCAACGAACUUCUAGUAUGA